UCUGCUUCUUAACCGAAAGAUCUGUUCUACAAUUUUUGAAGAUGAAACAUUUGGCUCUAUAUCUGUUGGCGUUCUGGUGCUAUAUUUCGCAAACACAGGCUGAAUUCUUCACAUCAAUAGGUCAGAUGACGGACUUGAUUUACAUUGAAAAAGACCUGGUGAAAUCUCUGAAAGAAUAUAUAAAGGCAGAAGAGAGUAAAUUAACAGAAAUUAAAAGUUGGGCUGAAAAGCUGAAUCAACUGACACACAUAUCAACUUCUGACCCAGAAGGAUAUCUGGGUCAUCCAGUGAAUGCAUACAAACUCAUGAAGCGGUUGAACACAGAAUGGCUAAAACUAGAGAGCUUGGUUCUACAGCAAACUUCUGAUGCGUUCAUUGCUAAUCUCUCGAUCCAGAGGGAGAACUUUCCCACUGAUGAAGAUGAGAGUGGAGCUGGGAAGGCCCUCAUGCGUUUGCAAGACACCUACAGACUGGAUUCCGAAAGUAUUUCCAAGGGCAGGCUGCCAGAUCCAACACACUUAAGAGCCCAAAGUAACCUCCAUUACUUUAAGAACUUUCUGCAUGAAGAGGGGCAAAGUGAUCAACCAGCAAAUGAAGAUUACUAUCAAUCCCAGUCAAAGGAGGAAGUCUACAUGCGCCCAGAAAACUAUCUAACUGAACGUGAUUCUUACGAAUCUCUGUGCAGAGGAGAAGGAAUUAAAAUGACGAAUCGCAGACGAGGCAGGCUGUUUUGCCGCUAUCAUAAUAACAACAAUCACCCACGCUUAAUUAUCGCCCCGAUGAAAGAAGAGGACGAGUGGGACAGUCCGCACAUUGUCCGUUACCAUGAGAUGCUGUCUGAUGCAGAAAUUGAAAAAAUUAAAGAGCUAGCCAAGCCCAGGCUGGCUCGAGCAACAGUGCGUGACCCUAAAACGGGUGUUCUAACUGUAGCCAAUUACAGAGUGUCAAAAAGUGCGUGGUUGGAUGAUGAUGAAGAUCCCGUUGUGAAUAGAGUCAAUCAACGAAUAGAGGACAUUACAGGCUUGGAAGUGGACACUGCGGAGUUACUUCAGGUAGCGAAUUAUGGAGUUGGAGGACAGUACGAGCCACAUUUCGACUUCUCCAGAAAAGAGGAACAUGAUGCUUUCAAAGAAUUAGGCACUGGGAAUCGUCUUGCCACUGUUUUAAACUACAUGAGUGAUGUUCCAGCAGGAGGAGCCACAGUAUUUCCUGACUUUGGUGCUGCCAUAUACCCAAAAAAGGGCACAGCAGUCUUUUGGUAUAACCUUUUUAGAAGUGGAGAAGGUGAUUAUAGAACGCGGCAUGCAGCCUGUCCAGUAUUAGUAGGAAGUAAAUGGGUUUCCAAUAAGUGGAUCCAUGAGAGAGGACAAGAGUUCAGGAGACCGUGCGGAUUGACAGAGGUGGAUUGAACUGACAGGCCAUGGCAUUAUCCCUGUUUGUAUCCCUCCCUUAUUUUAUCAGGACAGACAAACAGUCAGGAUUUGAUUUUUCUCCCCCUUCAAUCAGCUCAUGCAUUCCACUUUGAUCAGAUCACAUAAUUUUCAUUCCAAUUGAUUCUUUUUCUCUGCUCCCCCCCACCUCACCCAAAAAAAAACUAGACCCAAUUAUUCUCAAUGAGGGGUGAAAAACACUGUGGUAUCUUCAAUUUGUCAGCCACUCCAUACAAGAAAAUCAUUCAACCCAUUUGGCAACAAGUAUUAGAUCUGAAUGAUUGCUGUCCAGGAGAAGACAGCAAUCCUUUCUCUCUAGGAAAAGAAGUGGAUGAAAAAUAUCAGCAUUCAUUCAUCCUUCCAUCCUCCUACCUUAUGAAUUUCAGCAGAAGGAAAUGUACGGUUUGGACCGAAGGUUCCUCCACUUGGAUACAGCUCCAUGCUUCUGUUUUCACACAUCAAAGGCACCUUUCUCUUAAGCAAUCUCUACCUUUUAAGAUGCUCAAAAUCUUCUUGAAACACUCCACUUAAGAAAAGUAUUCACAUGAAAAUUGUUUGGCCAUUCUAGCUUAAGCUACCUAUUUACGGAGGAGAUUUUCAUAUCACCUUCUUGUCUGUUAAUUUUUGUUUUGUGGAAUUCUUCAAUGGACUUCUGUUUUUCAGUAUAUGAAUACAAUUUUGUCAUCACAUUCUAAUCACCUUUUGCAAAAUUGCAGAUGUUGAAAUCUCUUUUAAGCACCCAGUUAAUGCAAAUCUCUCCUAAAUUGCAAUAAAACCGAAGUGCAAACAGAAAA